AUGGCCGGCAACAACACGGACUCUAACUCGAGCACGUCCUUCGACUACGAGGACUGGGUGUCGUUCCCCCCAGACUCGGGCAAGGCGGAUGCUGCCCAAGCCCCUGUUGCCGGUCAUGGAGGCUCUGAUGGCGCGCAGCAGACGUCUGCUACUCAGGUUGCCGGUAAUGCUCGAACUAAUCCUACACAACAACACCAGCAGGGCAACGACCAGACUGGCGCUGAUCCCGCUCAAGACGCACAAUCCGCCUUUCAUUUCCCCCCGACGUCUACGGUUCCAAACGGCCAGGUUCCCAGCCUUCCACAGAACGCAGUCGCUAACCCGGCAUCCCUUCCACUGGCCGGCCAGCAGAUGCCCAAUGCGCCCAUGUUUGUGGGAUACCCGGGUAAUGGGAUGUCACAACAUCCUCCCAGCAAUGACCAGUCCGGUAUGUUGUACCCCCAAAACCCCGUGCCGCAGACGCAGCAAGCCCCAGGGCAGGCUACGCAGAACAACUGGGUCCAACCAACGCAAAGCAAUCUUGGGCAGGGUUUCGGCGCACAGAAUUCCAAUGUUGUGGGCCGCACUGAGUAUGGGAGCCUCCCUGGCAGUGGGGGCGUUCCUAAUGUGUAUGUGACGUUGCCGCCUGGACAAGCCCCUGCCAUGCCUUCGCCUUACGGAGUGAGCUCACAAGUCCAGAGCGUCACUUACCAGCUGCUGCAGCAGUCCUUGGGACAAGGGGGGCAGAUUCCCAACGGGGGACUCGUCCCUACGCAACCCCACGCCAUCCCCAAUCCGACACCACGGGGGCCUCCGCAGCCUGACCUGCCGAAUCCCAGAAAUGUCUACAAGAUCUCUCACAAAAGGUCAGAGAUACACAAGCGUGUGAACAAGCCAUCUCUCUACUACCAAAUACCGCAGGGUCUGGGAAGAUGGGGGCCCGAGGUCAAUGUGGCUGAAAGGGAAGACCGCCGUAAGAAGCGAAAAAGGCCCUCCAAGGAGGACAUGCGCCCUGUAUUCGACUACGUCGAGGUCGGGGACCGGCCGACUGUCGAAUUGAGCUGGGUAACAUUAACCAAACGCGAGAUCGAGUUAUUCUUGGGCGGGUGGGCGCACCCGAGCCCCAUGAACCGGCGCCUGAUCUUGUGGGUUCAGAAUACACCCGCCCAGUCCAAACACCGGUUCGUAAACGGGGAGAAGUCAGGCAAAUGUCGAUUGCAAGAUUGUGUAGAGCCACACAACACGAUCUCCAAGGGAUUCUGGCGUCUCGCUUUCGACGAGUUCUCGGACGGCGCGGACCUUCCGCAGACCAACCCGUCGCUCGACCCGUAUCAUAACGCGGCCUACAUGCACCUGCACUGCUUUGAGAAUACGUUUGACCUGGGCUUCCUGAUCCACCAUGGCGCCAGACAACUCGGCUUCGAGAUUCGUCCCGACACCCGAACCUUUCUGCGGGAGGAGAAGAACACUAUGUCUGUGACGAGAGACCAUCAAGAGAUGAUCCGGACGUAUAACGAAUGGGUUGAGAACGAAAAGGACCGGGCUGAUCUGUUCAAAAACAUUCACCCGGGUUAUACGGGACUUGACGGUCCAUACCACAAACAGCACAAUCAGACCCUCGGAUACGCCUUGACUUCGAAGCACCUUGAGUUAGAAACCAAAGCACGGGAGAAAACGCGGGCAAAACGGAGAAAGAAUGGCGAAGGGAGUGCAGAUAUCGAAAUCCACAUGGGCGAUUUGGCGAGCCAAGCGGGCAAGAGAAAGCGGCAGGAAGACAACAGCGAUGACAUCAGCAGCGACGGGUCGGACUCGUCGUCGUCCGAUGGCCAGGCGCCGUCUCGGCCCCCCAAGAGGCAGCGGGUAGCCAAACAAACGGGCGAGACAGCGUUCAGCCGCGCCACGCGUCCAACAGAGGGGCCAGAGCGCGAGCACAACUGGUGGUCGCAGAGGGACGACGACAUUGUUGAUUCAAACUACGAGUCGGACCCGAACAGCCAGCCCACCACGCCGGGAUCCACGCCGGGCAUGUACAGAGAAGAGUUCUCCCAAUUUGAUUGGAACUUGAUGGAGGCUGAAGAUGUAGAGCAGGAACAGGCUUCCGAACCCUCCGACCCUCCCGCCGAACCUCCUGCCGACCCGCUGAACGAGCGGCGCGAGGCGCUACGUCAGCAAAUCCUGGGGCUGACGCCGUGGCAACUCGUGGACAUCCAAGAGCAGGUGCGGCGGCGGGAAGCGCAGGGAGGGCUCACGCCGACGCCGAACGGGUGGAAGCAGAAGGCGCAGUCUUUCUGAUUGUGCAACAAUGGACUUCAGGUGAGGAUGGAAGGUAAGUGGUGUAGUAAAUUAAGGUAAGGCGCCUCUAAGAAGUCGUCCUCAAAAAGUACUGAGGGUAGGUAGGUGGUGUAAUAUAAGGUAAGAAUUCUGUAGACUGUUCCUGUUACUUCUUGGGUUCCAAGGUAUUUUAGAGAUAGAAGAGGCGUUUUGCAUAUAGAAUAUCAAUUUUGCUUUUGUAUCCCCCCUCCCUGUUCUCCUACAUUAUUAUAUAUGCGCUUUGGAUUUGGUAAUUCCUAUAAUCCUGCCAUAUUGAGAG